CUUACGCCGUUCAUAGAUGCCGUUACUGGAAAAAUAAAAUCGUUUAUAGUUUGAUGAAUAUAAAUCUCCAAUCCUUGAUCAUCAUCAACAAGUUUAUUUCCGUCCGAAAAUGUCCGAUUUACAAAAAUAUUCGUUCAAAUAUACUAUAAAAUGUGAUUGCCAACAAUCAGCUAGCUGUCGACGAUUUCAUGGCUGCUAUUCCGAUCUUCAAUCUUAUUUAGUUGAUGAAGAAUGGCAAAUUGAUUAUCUACAAAAUCUUCGUCAACAAUUGAAUUCUUGCAAAAAACAAAUCGGACAAUAUGCUUCUCUUGAUUGGAAUCGGCAUACCGAUUUUACCGAGAUUUCAUCAGGCAUCAAACAUCGCAUCAUUCGACGUUUUAGGCCAAAUAUUCCACCAAUUUUGACUCGAGCUUGGAUCAAAUUUUACGAUAUACUUUGUACCUUUAAUUUGAUCAAUUCUGAUUCCAAUAUUCGUGUGUUAUUCCUCUGUGAAGCACCUGGAGCUUUUGUUAAUGCUACCAAUCAUUUUAUCAAAAGUAGAGUACCAGAACUAAACUUUGAAUGGAUUGCCAAUACGCUGAAUCCAUACUAUGAACAAAUCGAUAUUCGAAGUUGUAUCUGGAACGAUAUUUUUAUCCGUGAACCAAAUUGUUUUCGAAAUUGGUUUUUUGCUCAAUCGAAUAAAGGUGAUAUCUUUGAAAGUACUUACAUGGAUUCAUUGGCCAAUCACUUAAAAAAUCGUUUUCAUUCAGAUCAAAAUAUGAAUGAUGGAACCUUUGAUUUAGCCACCGGUGACGGUGCUUUUGAUUGUUUUGAUCGUUUUGAUCGACAAGAAGAAUCAGUUUUUCCAUUGAUCAAAGCUGAGAUAAAAAUCUCAUUACAACAUCUUCGUCAGGGCGGUAAUCUAGUCGUGAAAUUUUUCACGUUUUUUGAUUGUCAAACAAUUUCAUUGUUGUAUUUGUUAUCGAAUUGUUUUGGCAAUGUCUGCUGUUAUAAGCCUGUAGCAAGUAAAAAAGGAAACUCCGAAAUCUAUGUAAUAUGUCAACGUUUUCAACGGCAAAUCUAUGAUCAAUGGGCGAAUAAAUUGGAUAACAACAUCAAUCUUAUCAUUAAUCGACAAUCAAUACCAGAAAAUUUUAUCGACCAAAUUUAUAAUCUUACAUCCAACUUGACGACCAGACAAAUUAAAUCCAUAAAUCGUAAUAUCCAUCUGUUCGAAACAAUGACAGAAAAAGAUGAGAAUGAAGUUGAAAAUUUAAAAUAUCGUCUAGCAGAUAAAUUUAUCAAUGAAUUUCAUUUAUUUCCCAUAACCGAAUCUAAUCAACUUGCUUAUCCAUCGGCCUAUUCGAAACAAUUUCAUUUGCCAGUAUUCAUUAAAAAAUUAAAAGAAUUUCAUCUAUUUCGUAGCGAAAUUCGUCCUGAAGAUGUACGAGAACUUUGUAAAAUUAUAUGCAAAUCGAAAAAGAUAGACGAUCAACCAAUCGAAUGGCAUCAUGUUAUGAAAGAUUCGAAAUUUUCAUAUAUAACAUUUCCACCAAUCGAACCAAUUUAUGGUACUCCAUAUACAAUGUUGAAUAAUUCUCGUUAUGUUUGUAUUUUUCUACUCAAAUCAUUCGAACCUUUGCGAUCAUUUGUUCAUCAAGAAUCACAUUACGAAAUUGAUAUUAACAUUAAUGAAAUUUUACGAAAAUAUGGAAAAUAUCUGAAAUUUUCCAAUUCUCAACUAGUCAUUGCCAAUUUCGACGAACCAUCAUUGUCACUACAAAGAAAAUGUGAAUGGCAUUUUAUCGAUUUAUUACCAUUCACCUGUUCAAUCGAUUCAAAUGAUUAUGAAAUGUGUCAUCAUCUAUAUGAUCAAUUUUGUCGGCUAAAUUUUUCCAAUGGUGAUAGCCUUAUAUUUCGAUGUCGUGCAUUAUUUUCACGUCUUUCUGUAUCGCUUGUGUUUAUUUUGUCAAGAUUUUUCCAAUCCUAUUUAUUCUAUUCUACACGCUAUUCUGAAAUUUAUUGUAUCCUGAAUGAAUACAAUAAAUGUUCAGUCAACAAAGAUUCUCAUAUUCGCGUAUUGUUAUCGAAUAAUAUUUGGAAUCCUAACCUAUUGGAAUUGAUAUCCGUACCAUUCAUUCAAUCGAAUCCGAUAUUUUUCAAAGCCAUCAAUGAUGUUAAUAAUUAUAAUUUAUUCUAUAAACUAAAACAAAUAUCGAAUGAUUUUAUCACGAUGGAAAACGACAGCAGUAGCACAACGUAAAACAGGUCUCAUUUCAUCAUCAUCAUCAUCAUCAUCAACAACACCACGUUGGAGAGCUACAUAUCAUAAUCAUAUACAAAAUUGAUGAUUAGAGUCAAUGUUUAUUAGACUGAAACAAGGCUAUCAGUUGAAUUUAUCAAUUCAAAGAUGAUGUCAUUCGUCUUUGAAGCAAUAGAAAGAAAUUAAAAAGACGAAAAAUACUUUUAUUUUCUUUGAUGCUGAUCGGA